AUGUUUCCACGUGAAGUGAUUUGGGGACUUUUCUUUGUAUUUCAAAUUAGUAUUGGGUUCAUGGGGAACUCACUGCUUUUCAUGCUUUGUGUGUAUAUCUUCUUAGAUAAAAAUCAUCUGAAAAAACCCAUAGAUUUGAUCUGUAUACAUCUGACCUUGGUCAAUGCUUUGACCAUCUUGUUCAAGUUGAUACCAGACAUUGUGUCAUCCUUCGGAGUAAAACAUUUUCUGGAUGAUGUUGGUUGUAAGGCUACUUUGUACAUAUAUAGAGUUACCCGGGGUCUUUCCAUCUGUACCACUGCUCUCCUGAGCGGGUACCAAGCCAUCACCAUCAGUCCUGUUCAUUCGAGGUGGGCGUGGCUUAGAUCUAAACUCUCUAUCUGCAUUUACUCCUCUUUCCUUUUCUUCUGGAUCACCAACAUGCUCAUCUAUAGCUACAUCAUUGAAACUGUAGAAGCCGAUCACAAUGUCACGAUUGUUGGUUUGGAGUAUUCGACACUACACUGCCAAACAAAUCACUUGAGACAGAAUCAUUCGGUUGCAUUUGGAAGCGUCGUAAUAAUUCGAGAUCUCCUCUUUGUGAUCCUCAUGGUGUGGUCCAGUCUCUACACUGUGAAUCUCCUCUACAAACACCACCAAAGAGCCCAGCACAUUCACAGCCCCAGCCUCUCUCCUCAGUCAUGUCCUGAAAUCAAAGCCACCCACACGAUUCUUUUGCUGGUAAGUUGCUUUGUUUUCUUCCAUUGCUCAAACAACUUCAUUGUUUUCUAUUUGUUUCAUAAACCUGAGAAAAAUUCAAGACUGAAGAGAAUUACUGGGAUAUUUUCAUCCUGCUAUCCAACCGUCUGCCCUUUUGUGCUGCUGAAAAACAGUAAGAUUACUUCCAGACUGACUUCUUCCCUCUCCAAGCUGAGAAUCAUCUUUUCCUGA